AAAGGCCCACAUACAAAUUCUUUUCAAAAAAGGAAAAGGUAAAGUCCAAUAUCUCCUCUCAUAUCUUCACUAUCCACCAAAACCCUAGUUGCUCGCGCCAUCCUUGUGCUCCUUCUCUCGCAAACUCUCUAAGCCCCAAGCAAACCAGAUCCAUCAAAGCUGAGAGAGAAUGGCGGUGAUCGAGCACACAGUGUUGCAGUUCUCCACGUCGUCGUCAUCGAGCUUGUCGGCGAAGGUUCAUCCUCUCGUCAUCUUCAACAUCUGCGAUUGCUAUGUCAGGCGUCCUGACCAAGCCGAGCGCGUUAUUGGCACGCUCCUCGGCUCUAUCCUGCCUGAUGGCACAGUCGAUAUUAGAAACUCUUACGCCGUUCCUCAUAACGAGAGCGCGGACCAGGUUGCUUUAGAUAUCGAUUACCAUCACAAUAUGCUCAUAUCCCAGCAAAAGGUUAAUCCAAAGGAAGUCAUUGUUGGAUGGUAUUCUACUGGUUUUGGAGUUACUGGGGGUAGCGCAUUGAUCCAUGAAUUCUAUUCUAGGGAGGCUCCCAACCCAGUUCAUUUGACUGUUGAUACUGGAUUUAGAAAUGGGGAGGGUACCAUUAAAGCCUAUGUUUCAGUGAAUUUGUCUCUUGGAGAUCGGCAACUUGCAGCACAGUUUCAAGAAAUUCCUCUCGAUCUUCGCAUGGUUGAAGCUGAGAGAGUUGGAUAUGAUAUUCUAAAGACCACAAUGGUUGACAAACUCCCUACUGAUUUGGAAGGAAUGGAAGCCUCAAUGGAGCGACUCCUAGCUUUAAUUGAUGAUGUUUACAAAUAUGUUGACAAUGUUGUGGAAAGUCGUGUUGAACCCGAUAACAACAUAGGGAGAUUUCUCUUAGAUGCAGUUGCAUCUCUUCCGAAAUUAUCUCCUACAGCUUUUGAUAAGCUUGUGAAUGACAGCCUGCAGGACAAUUUGCUCUUGCUCUAUUUGUCAAGCAUCACCAGGACACAGCUCACCCUAGCCGAAAAGUUGAACACUGCUGCGCAGGUUCUGUAAUUCCUAUUUGCUUACAGAAUCUACUGUCAAGACAAUUCUACUUUUAAGAAGUCAUCUGUUAGGGAUAUAUGGCCAAGUGUGAGAACGUGGCCUUUGUUUCCAGAGAAGGUUGUAAUAUCUUUAUUUCAUUGAAAGUAUAGGUAGGAUUUUUCAAUCAUUUCAAGAUUGCUUUUAACUGUCGGCUAGAAACAUGAUCAUUUUUGGAGCUAAUGUUAUGGUUCAUAUCUCUUGUCUC